AUGUCUCUCUUCGCAAGCCUUGCUGAACUUCAAGGUGUCAGCCGCUGGGCGGCCUUGAUAUCCGAAUCUUUAUUCAAGAAGUACGGUCCAGUCGUCAGAAUGGGGCCCAAUAACCUUGGCUUCAUCGACGGAAACGCCUGGAGGGACAUCUACGGCAUACGUCGUCGCGGUCAAUUUGAGAAAGCAUACGAAUACUACCGUGAAGGACCGGAAGGACCCAUUAGCUUGCUCAACGCUGGCCCCGAGGAACAUGCGAGACUACGCAAGUGGGUUUCGCCGUAUUUUUCUGAUCGUGGCAUGAAGGAUCAAGAGCCGAUGAUUGGCGGUUACGUUGACUUGCUUCUCAAGCGACUUCAUGAGAACUGCGAUGAUGGUACCCGGGCGCUUGAUCUCCGUGACUGGUGUGAGUGCUGGGAAGACAUCUGCCGAAGUUCAGUCUGA